CGGCAAUUUCGAGCCAUGAAGCAGAGAAAUUUCGAACUUUUAUGUUCGGCAAUGCUCGGAUUGGGGCAACUUUGUAUUAUGGUUGGAUAUGACUCGGAGUCAUUCAUCCUGGAAUCAGUAAUUCAUUCGAUUCACGAGAGGACGCCUGAGAAAGUUAGCCCAUAUGCGGGUUAUUAUGGACAAGCCGUAACCUUUGCCUCAUUCAUGACCGCGUGCCUCUUUGCCCCAUCAAUCCUAAACCUCACGACUCCGAAAUUUUUAUUGGUUUUUGCUGGAAUAUCCUAUGCCCUCUUUCCAAUGGGAUUCUUAUUUUUCAACACUUAUUUCUAUUAUUUCUCCGGUGCACUGAUUGGUGCUGGGACGGCAGCGUUCUAUUUGGGAAUGGGAAGUUAUCUAUCGGCCCACUCAACUCGGGAGACUAUCGAGACAAAUGUGUCAUUUUCCUGGUCGGUAUCAUGUUUUUGUUUGAUGAUUGGAGCUGGCAUUCUGGCCACAAUUACCUCUCUGAGCACCCCACCUACAGUACCUCAAACUGCAAAUUCCACGUGGCAGGAAGAAGUACGACAUGAGAGGAGAUACAGCGAUUUUGAAAUAAAAUUAUUGUCAGCAGCGUUUUGCGGAAUGGCAUCUCUUGGAAUUGUGAUUUUCUCUUUUCUUCCGUCGAAAAGUGUCGAAAAUUCUCUGGAAAGUGGGGAGAAACCGCAAAAGUUUGGGGAAUCUUUCAAACUAACCUGCCGUACCGUAAUCUCACCAAAAAUGAUGCAAAUCCUUCCGCUAACUAUUCUCGGAGGCUUCAACGUCUCAUUUUGGCUUUCAAUUUUUCCAACUGCAAUGAAUUUCACAAAAUUGAACGCCCACUUGACCUAUAUUCCAGCAAUUUACAGUCUGGGAGCCGGGCUUGGUGAAGUAUUAAUGGGUAUUGUCAUUUCCAUGAUGAGCAAAAGAAUCAAAGGAUUCGGGUUGAAGCCAACUAUGGUACUUGGAGCACUUGCUGUGUGCAUUUAUUGCUGUUUGGUUCAUGCUUCAACGCCGUUUGAAGCACCAAUGAGACCUACUAGUCAACCGUCAUUAUUGAUUAGUCAUAGCUACCCACUAAUCUUCAUAAUCUCCUUCUUUUGUGGAAUGAGUGAUUGUUGUAUAAAUAGUGUUCGAAGUGUGAUCUGUGCCCUCGUAAUGCCCUCAAGACGGUCACAGUCCUUUGCGGUCGCCCGGAUGUAUCACGCAUUUGCAUGUACCAUAUGUUUCUUCUUUUCUCCAAUGGUUCCACUGUAUUUUUAUACUUUAGGGCUUCCAAGUUUAUCGAUUUUUGCUAUUUUCGUGUUCUUCAGAGUUGUUGACAAUACUCACGUGAUGGAACGAAAAAUCACUGAGCAGAAAGAGCUGAAUGCAGCUAAAUUAGAGAAAUUAAGGCAAAUUGCUGAAGCGAAUAAAGUUUGAAUUG